GGUUAAUAUGUCAGCUGAUAUUUUAGAGACUAAAUAUACCACCUGCAACACUGCCAUAUUAAACAUAUGAUGUAAAUAUUGUUUUUAUAAUGCAUUUCGUUUGUUAGUUAGACGGCAAUUUGAAGUUGAAUCGGUGGAUGCUUUUAUUACGUGGUUCGGAAAUGGGAACGCAUAUGACGACUUGAUGCGUGUUUUCGUUGAAUGUUAAUACAAAGUUUAAAAAGAUAUAAAAUAAAUGCAAAGGUUGUAAUUUUGUGAGAAAAAAUUGAUAAGCAAAUAUGCGAAUAAAAAUUUUCCCAACAAUUAUGUGAUGUAUGUGUUAUAAAUAUAAUCAAAAUGGAAGCCGAUGUGGAGGAACCAAAUGCGUUGCCAAAAGAUUUCCAACCGCAAAGCGAGUCAGAAGCAACGAAUACAACUACAAUGUUGAACAACAAUGGAAAUCAGAAUGCGAAGAAUGAAGACAAAAGUGAAAGUUUGACAACUGAUGCUGAUCAAAUAGAAGAAACUGAUGAGGAGUCUACAGUGGCGCGCUUUUUUGAGCCUCCUUAUACCGCACCACUGGCUCCGUUUAAUGUAGAAAUAAUUGAUUGUCACGAAAAAUCUAGUAAGUCAACUUUAAAUCUUAAUACAAGGAAAAGGAAUGAUAAUUCCAACACGUCUUUCACGCAAACCGAGCGAAGUGUCGAAAAUGUGAAUGAAAGUGGAACACAUAACUGGAGUGAUCCUCAAAGGUCUAAAAACGGAUUAAGCGGAAACCAUACAGAUUAUAGUAAACUAAACAAUAGCACCACUUCUACUUUAUUACUGCCGGACGACGAACAACAGAACUACAAUCCGCACAACAAUUCUACUAUCUCUACUCCAUUAAUGCCAAUGACUGAAUUCAACAUAGACAACGACAGAGAGUGUAGUUGUCCAAGAGAGUUUUACCAAAGAUCGGAAAUAAAUUAUUCAUUAUUCUUUGAAGAUGGGCUACGUUCUAUUGAUUUUGUGCUCGCAUAUAAAUUACAUCAAAAUCCACAAACUGAAUCAGAAAACGAGGAAAAAAGGCGCGUCUUUGAGGAGAACCUUACACAACAGGGUUUAGAGAUAGAACGCGUAACAAAGCAAAGGGAACAAAUACAUUUUGUUAAAAUACAUGCACCUUUGGAAGUUUUACGUCGAUAUUCAGAAAUUCUUAAACUACGUAUGCCUAUGAAGGAAUUGUAUUGCAAUAUGAAAUUACUUGAAAAAUCAAAUCGACUCAAACAUGCAGCACAGUAUCUUUCACGAAAGAUACCGGGCAUGUCUGUCGUUAAUCGUUCUACAAAAAAUGUUUUUUCUAGUCUGAAAGGUGUGUUUAGAUUUUUCAUACGUAAUAUCUAUACAGAUGAAGAAAAUUUUCCUAGGCGUACACAUCGUUUUACUGCCAUCUAUAGUCGUGAUAAGGAAUAUUUGUUCGAUAUAAGACAGGACUGUUUUUUUACCACCGCUGUUCGAUCUCGAAUUGUUCAAUUCAUAUUGGAUCGCCAACGAUUUCCUACGAAAAAUAAGGAUGAAAUGGCAUUUGGGAUCGAACGUUUAGUAGCUCUUGAUGUUUACUGUGCCGCAUAUCCUUUGCAUGAUGGUGAAAUAUCUGAGAAGGGUACAAUGCGUGAGAAACUAUAUACACACUGGUCUUCGAUUAACAAGUGGUAUCGCUAUCAGCCCUUAGAUUACAUUAAAGAGUAUUUUGGGGUUAAAAUCGGUCUUUAUUUUGCGUGGUUAGGAUUUUAUACUUAUAUGUUACUGUUGGCAUCGAUUGUAGGUGUUGGUUGUUUUAUUUACUCAUGGGCUUCUUUACGGAAUUAUGUACCAGUUAAAGAUAUAUGUUUACGUACAAAUCAAAAAAACGUAACAAUGUGUCCGCUUUGUGAUUGGUGUAAUUUUUGGGACCUGAAAGAAACUUGCGUAUACGCAAAAAUCACCUACCUCAUAGAUAAUCCUAGUACUGUAUUUUUUGCAGUUUUUAUGUCCUUUUGGGCAACCCUUUUCUUAGAGUUAUGGAAACGUUAUUCAGCGGAAAUUACUCAUCGUUGGGAUUUGACUGGUUUUGAUGUACACGAAGAACAUCCUCGUCCACAAUAUUUAGCGCGUUUGGAGCAUAUACCACCUACGCGCACAGAUUAUGUUACAAAUAUGAAAGAACCGACUGUUCCGUUUUGGCGUAUAAAACUGCCUGCGACUGUGUUUAGUUUUUCUAUUGUGUUGCUACUGAUAGCUUUGGCUUUUGUGGCUUUAUUGGCUGUUGUGGUUUAUCGCAUGUCAAUGUUAGCUGCCCUUAAAGUGGGCUCAAAUCCAAUGACCACGUCUAGCGCAAUAGUGCUCGCCACAGCAUCAGCAGCAUUUGUUAAUUUAUGUCUCCUUUAUAUACUAAACUACAUGUACAAUCAUUUGGCCGAGUACCUAACAGAAUUAGAAAUGUGGCGAACACAGACACAAUUUGAUGAUUCGCUUACAUUAAAAAUUUAUCUUCUGCAAUUUGUUAACUAUUAUGCCUCCAUAUUUUAUAUAGCGUUUUUUAAAGGAAAGUUUGUGGGCCAUCCAGGGCAGUAUAAUAAAAUAUUUGAUUACCGUCAAGAAGAGUGCUCCUCUGGCGGAUGUUUGACUGAACUUUGUAUUCAGCUGGCAAUCAUUAUGAUUGGUAAACAGACAUUUAACUCUAUAUUGGAAGUUAUAAUGCCGUUGUUUUGGCGAAAGUUGCUAGCUAUUAAAGUUGGUGUGUCGCGCUUAUUUUCACGAAAGAGCUUUGAUGCAAACAAGGAAAAAGAUGAGCGCUGGUUACGCGAUUUAAAAUUGUUAGAUUGGGGACCAAGAAGUCUAUUUCCCGAAUAUUUAGAAAUGGUUCUUCAAUAUGGUUUUGUGACUAUAUUUGUUGCGGCUUUUCCAUUAGCACCAUUUUUUGCUUUGCUCAAUAAUAUAUUAGAAAUGCGUUUGGAUGCGAAAAAAUUAUUGACUCACCACAAGCGGCCUGUAUCUCAGCGUGUGCGCGAUAUAGGUGUUUGGUAUCGCAUUUUGGACUGUAUAGGAAAAUUAAGUGUUAUCACAAAUGGGUUUAUUAUUGCUUUUACUUCAGAUUUGAUACCACGUUUGGUAUAUCGCGCUAUCGUUUCAACGGAUAAGAGCUUAAACGGAUAUUUAGAUUUUUCUUUAUCAGAAUUUAAAAUUAGCGAUUCUGAUACCUUACGUAGCUUAGCCGGUGACAACUCCUCGAUUACAAUUUGCAAAUAUACCGAUUUUCGAGAACCUCCCACAUCUGAAAAUAAAUACAACUUAAGCAGCAUGUUUUAUAUAAUUUUGGCUUGCCGUUUAGGUUUUGUGGUGAUAUUUGAGAAUUGCGUCGCUUUGGUUAUGAUAUUUGUACGAUGGUGUAUACCGGAUAUGAGUGUAGAAUUGCGUGACCAAAUUCGUCGGGAAAUAUAUAUAACAAAUGAAAUAAUAAUUGAACAAGAAGCAAGACGAGCGAGAACAGAACGAGCUAAACGCAGUUCGUCAGUACGCUUGCCUGAACAUGAUACUGCUUCGAUAGAAGAACCCAACGAACAAUUUAUCAAGUUAGAAAAAUUGCUAACUAGCGGAUUAUCACAAUCUCAAAUGGACCUUAUUAUACAUGGUGAAAAUGCUAUUACAGGCAUUUCGGGUACAACUGAAUUAUAAAAUCUAUACGUAUUUAUAUAUUUUGGAUUAGUUUUGACUUUUUGUAUUUUUAUCUUUAAUAACAUAAAGCUAAAUUAUGGAAAUAUUAUAAAUGGACUAAGUAAUAUUAAGAAGUUUUAUAUAAUCUCAUGACAAAUGAUAUACAUAUAAUCGAAUAUAUUUGGAAAAACUCUCAACAUCAGUUACUAAAGCGAUUAAGUCACUGAAAAUGUCACACUGCAUAUGAAUUGCUCUACUGAAUUGAAUUUACAUCAAUUAGAAAGUAAAUCCCUUCACUGCAAACACUCAUACAGACGGUGCUCAACUAAGCUCAAAUAUAUACAUUGAAAUAGGCAAAAAGAAGGAACACUAUAAAAUGAAAAUGAUUUUCAUUUCACUAUGAAAUGAAAAAAGGAAUUCUAUAAAAGCGUUUGUAUUAUCAUUAUAGGUGUUGAUAUAGUAUAUACCUCUUACAACAAUAUAGUUGUUGCAAUUUGUGACAUUAAGAAGUUAAUUUCGGUUUUGCAUUAAAUGUUAAUUAUUUAAUUUAUAAGUAUUCAAGAAAGCUUUAAAUGUACUUUAGAAAAUAUUGUGUGUUUUAUAUUGAUAAUUUUUAAUUUUCUUGUACGUCUUUUUAUGAAUCUCUCAGUUAUUUUUAUUAAAUGAAACGAUUUAUAGAUUUAUAGUUUAAGUAGUUCCUAUUGCCUUAUUCUGUUGUGAUGCAAUUUAAUUAUUUA